AAGGAGACGCGUCCGCACAGAGCUGUCGCCGGGGAUAUUCCGUGUUUGUUUAUAGGAAGUCUCCGAUUCCGGUACGAAAUACAAAAUGGAUGAAAUGGAAGAGGAGUUAAAAUGCCCGGUGUGCGGCUCAUUUUUCCGCGAGCCGAUCAUCCUGCCCUGCUCGCAUAAUAUUUGCCUGGCCUGCGCGAGAAACAUCCUGGUACAGACGCCCGACGCCGAAUCCCCGCAGAGCAGCCGCGCGUCCGGCUCCGGGGUCUCCGAUUAUGAUUACUUAGACCUGGAUAAGAUGAGUCUGUACAGCGAGACGGACAGCGGAUACGGCUCUUACGGCGGGUUCGUGAGCGCACCAACCACCCCCUGCCAGAAGUCCCCCAACGGGGUGCGUGUUUUCCCCCCUUCCAUGCCUCCUCCACCGCAGGCGCAACACCACCUGCUGCCUCACACCGGCGUCCUGCCGCCAGUCCCGCGGAACUCCUGCCUCACCUGCCCGCAGUGCCACCGCAGCCUGACGCUAGACGACAGGGGGCUCCGGGGGUUCCCCAAGAACCGCGUUUUGGAGGGGGUGGUGGACCGAUAUCAGCAGAGCAAAGCGGCCGCGCUUAAGUGUCAGCUUUGCGAAAAGAGCCCCCGCGAGGCGACUGUCAUGUGCGAGCAGUGCGACGUGUUUUAUUGCGACCCCUGCCGCCUCCGGUGCCACCCUCCCCGGGGCCCGCUGGCCAAACACCGUCUUGUGCCGCCGGCGCAAGGCAGAAUCAGCCGCCGCGCGAGCCCGCGGAAAAUCUCCACCUGCACCGAGCACGAGCUGGAAAACCUAAGUAUGUACUGUGUCCAGUGUAAGACCCCCGUGUGCUACCAGUGUCUGGAGGACGGCAAACACUCCACCCAUGAGGUCAAAGCGCUGGGAGCCAUGUGGAAACUCCACAAGGGACAACUCUCUCAAGCAUUGAAUGUUCUGUCUGAUCGGGCCACAGAGGCUAAAGAGUUCCUGGUGCAGCUCAGAAAUAUGGUCCAACACAUACAGGAGAAUGGAGUUGAAUUUGAGGCAUGUUUGGUGGCCCAGUGUGAUGCUCUGAUUGAAGCUCUGAACCGCAGGAAAGCACAGCUUCUCAGCAGAGUAACCAAAGAACACGAACACAAACUCUCAGUGGUUCGUGAUCAGAUCUCGCACUGCACGGUGAAGUUGAGGCAGACCACAGGACUAAUGGAGUACUGUCUGGAGGUUAUCAAAGAGAACGAUCCCAGUGGCUUCCUGCAGAUCUCAGAUGCUCUGAUAAGACGGGUCCAUAUGACGGAGAAUCAGUGGGGGAAAGGCUCUCUGACCCCCCGCAUGAGCAGUGACUUUGACCUGACGCUGGACAGCGGGCCUCUCCUGCAGACCAUACACCAGCUAGACUUUGUACAGAUGAAGGUUCCAGCUGCUCCUAUUCUUCAGUUAGAGGAGUGCUGCACUCAAACCAGCAGCGCCACUCUGUCCUGGAAACAGCCGCCUCUCUCCACCAUCGCUGUGGAUGGAUAUAUUCUAGAGCUGGAUGAUGGCACUGGAGGCCAGUUCAGAGAGGUGUACGUUGGGACGGAGAUGAUCUGCACUGUGGAUGGUCUGCACUUCAACAGCACUUAUAAAUCCCGCGUUAAAGCGUUUAACUCCAGUGGAGUCGGCCAGUACAGCAAAACGCUUGUCAUGCAAACGUCAGAGAUGAGUCUUCCUUCAUAUGGUAGUCAAACUCUGGCAGCAGUAGCCUGGUUCACCUUUGACUCCGCAUCGGCUCAUCCUGACAUCAUCUUGUCCAAUGACAACCUCACGGUGACGUGUAACAGCUAUGAUGACCGCGUGGUUAUGGGAAACACCGGCUUCUCUCGUGGCGUGCAUUACUGGGAGAUGACCAUCGAUCGGUAUGAUAACCACCCUGACCCAGCAUUUGGUGUCGCCCGGGCCGAUGUGAUGAAGGAUGUGAUGCUGGGCAAGGAUGAUAAAGCAUGGGCCAUGUAUGUGGACAACAACCGCUCCUGGUUCAUGCAUAACAACUCACACACCAACCGAACGGAUGGAGGAAUAAGUAAAGGAGCUACGGUGGGUGUUCUGCUGGAUUUCACCCGUGGGAUUCUGUUGUUUUUGAUAAAUGAUGAGCAACAGGGACCCGUUGCCUUCAAUACACUGGAGGGCAUGUACUACCCGGCCAUCAGCCUCAACCGCAAUGUUCAGGUGACUCUUCAUUCUGGGCUGCCUAUUCCUGAUUUUUACACACCCGGCGAGUCUGAAGCUGCAGGCUCGGUCUGCUAAAAGAUUCCUCUCAAGUGAUACACAUUCAUUCCCAAACACACACGCGCACACACACUCGAGUGCACAUGUAUUCAGCUGUGAGGACUUGAUUGGGGAAUUGCUGCUGACAGUCAUUAAUACGAGGUUUGAAGAGUGUGAAAUGUAAAUGGACCCAAUAAAGGUGAGAGUCAGGGUUUACUAAACCCUAACAUAACCCCAACCCAAAUCCUGAUGUAUGUGAGGUACAUUAUUAUCAAACCAUUUUCCUCUCUCUUUCUUACUCUUUUUCUAGAUAUGAUUAUUAUUAUUGAUGUUGUCAUUGUUGUUUUUAUGGAAAAGGUGCUCAUGGACGUGAAUUCCCGUGACUUCUGGACUCAUGGACGUGAAUUCUGGAUCGUAACAGAAGUGUGUCUGUUGUUUCAUGAUAAAAUCCUCAGUGUGAAGUUAAGCUUAGAAAUAAGUUACUGAUGUGUUAGAGCUUAGAGGAUGCAUUUUACAUUACAUAGAAACGUUCUGUUUCAUAUUUAGUUGCUGUUUAACUGCAGAUGGGGAAGGUAGAUAGAGUAAGAUGUCUACAACCUACUCAUGAGUCUUAUUUCUCUGUUAAUGACCAAUCCAAUGCCUAAAUCCUAAACUUUAAACAUAUUACACCUCAGUAAAUGUGAGAUAUUUGUGUUGGUCUCUCCAAUUCACAGUGGAUGAGCAAACAUACAAUUGGGACAAUGAACUGAAUGUGUGUCAAUGAGGAUGUAAUGGCUUUCUGUUUGUUGAACAGAAUAGAAAACACUAAUUGGGACACAAACACACACACACACACACACACACACACACACACACACACAGGCAUUUUUAAAGCCUUGCGUAACGUAUUAUGGAGAGAUGACAAUGAAUAAACUUUUGUUUUUCUAUCUCUCAGCUUAUUUCUCAUUCGCUGCCUCAAAUCUACACAAGCUAAACGCAAAUGCUAAGCCAAUAACUGGUGCUGCUUAUGUUUAAUGUGAGAAAAUAAUUGCAAUAUAAAACAGUAGAGCUGCAAAUAUAAAGAGAGAACUUUAAACGAGACAGUGUAGCUGCUUGAUACAUUUGGCUAUUAGUUUACCAUAAAAGAUUUACUUUUUUCAUUGAAAUAAAUAUUUAAAAUCUCACUGGUGGGGUUCAAAUGUGGGGCAGGUGCUGUACUUUAUCUGUUUGUUUGAGCUGAUUUUUGCUUCACAAACUACUGAAUGUUUGGGUGCAGUGAAGGAUAAUUUCACCCAUUGUAAAUUGUAUUUUUUCAUAAAUUAAUCCCAAUAUAAAAAUGUAUUAUUAUUAUUAUUAUUAUUAUUAUUGUG